AUGAAGCUCCUGGUCUUAGCAUUCGUAGCUGCUGCAUACGCUGCCCCUCAGGGGUACAACUUGGGCACGCCCUCUGGCCCUUCCUUUAACUCUGGCAGUUGUGGCAGUGGGCAAGUACGGCAUGUGGAUGGAAGAUGCGUGAAACCUCAAGUGAACAGCCGUGUGUUUCUGUACGAUGUGCCAGCAAACGAAGGUGUUGUCAAUCGGCCAAGCUACAUUCCAGAACCUAAGUUGGAACGCAAUAUAAUUUUCGUAAGACUGCCUGAAGGUGCAGAUGGACCAGAACCCAUCGUUGUACCACCGCCACAACAGCAACACGUCGUGUAUGUCCUGAACAAGCAGUCUGAACAGGACCAGCGAGUGAUCGAGGUUCCAGCGCCGCCACAAUCCAACCCCGAAGUGUUCUUCGUGAACUACGCAGAAGGAGAGAACCCGACUCUUCCCAGCGGAGUCGACCUCCAGACGGCGUUGAGCGCAGCUUCCCAGGGCGGCGGCCAAGUUGUUGGAGGAGGAAUUGGAGGUGGUUUCGGAGGUGGUAUCGGUGGAGGCAGUGGAGGCGGUUUCGGUGGUGGUAUCGGAGGCGGUUUCGGCGGAGGCAGUGGAGGCGGUUUCGGCGGUGGUAUCGGAGGCGGUUUCGGCGGAGGCAGUGGAGGCGGUUUCGGCGGUGGUAUCGGAGGCGGUUUCGGUGGCGGCAGCGGAGGCGGCAGUUACUCCCCUCCUUCUAACGUCUACAGCACACCUUAA